AAUGAGGGAAUCUUUAUGACUUCUAAUGUAUCCAACGUGGGACUAAAGAACGUCUGGAUAAAAAGAAAGUAAAGUCCGGGAGGGGUUAAACAAGCGGAGGUGAAUUUGUGAAUUAUCGGAGUUUUCGAACCGUACAACGAGAUAAUUUCGUUUAACCGCGCGCAGGUCAGUAAAGAGAGAGAGGGAAAGUAAAGCGAGCCGCAAAGUUCACAACAGUCGGACUGUUUACUGGAACCUUUCGCUUCAAAAGUGCUUUAUCACAGUUCACUCGAGUGAUCCAAACUCCUGCAUUCGCAGUUGGAAAACUUUAUAUCAAAUCCGCGAAGAAACGAGAGCAUUAAACUUUUUUUAAAGAGUGCGGUUUUUCCUGAGAAAAAGUUUCUUCAAAGCGCCGACGAUCUCAGAUUGUCUUUCGACACAUUCGUAUGGAGUUAAUAGUCACGAUCGACUAUGGUUUUACUUUUGAGAAUAACGAAUCACUUUGGAUCAAAAACUUCAGAAACAUCGACGCUUUAAAGUCCUCAAACUACAUUUGAUUCAGUCGAUCCUCUUUUGCCAAAACAAAGCGCCUGUCUAUCUCCCAUCCAGACCCCCUUUUCAACCUUUUGAGGACAACUGCAUUUAGUUUUGGCUUGUGGACAAGUUUCUUGUAUUGCCUCGUCGUGAUUCACCUUUGAUUUACUUGAGUGGUGGUGCAGCGGGGGAGAUACAAUUUUACUGUGGACUGUUUUCAAAUCUGGGACUGAUGCAUAGCCUUAAAUCAACCCGGUGUAAUUUCACAUUACCGCUGGGUAAACAAACAACUUAAUGAAGUCGAAACACUCGGACUCUGGGAAACUCAAUAAGCUCGAGCUGUCCGUUUGUGGAUGAGAGAGAGAUCUAUCGUUAAGCGCUGAGACAACUGGAUACAAAAUGGCGGCGUGGCUGGGACAGAUGGGAUCACUUUCAUAUCAUGUGUUUUAUUGGCUUUUGACGCUGGAACUGAUCAUCAAUUAUGGCGCACCGUGUCCUCAAAACUGUACGUGUACGCUUGAUGCGUCCGACUGCAGUCAUUUAGACAUUACCGAUGUCCCUCAAGACUUGCCUAAGACCACUGUCCAUCUAAAUCUGAGCCACAACAAGCUGGCGGCAGUCGAUAUGGACAUCCUCUCCAAUCUGCCGAACCUGAAAGAAGUGAGGCUUGACCACAAUGAACUGACAUCCAUCCCUUCAUUUGGAGACGCAGCAGCAACAGUCGUUACACUCUCUUUGCACCAUAAUAAAAUUCGCAGACUGGAUGGGAAGCUGCUGCAGAACUUCACUGCUCUGGAGACUCUAGAUCUGAGUAAUAAUGACAUCACAGAGCUGAGAGAGCACUGCUUCCCUCCGGGGUUACAAAUCAAGGACCUGCAUCUGAGCAGUAAUAAGAUUGUUCAUCUGGAGCUCGGGGCAUUUAAAAAUCUCGCCGGCAGUCUGCAGAUCCUCAAACUGAACCGGAACCGACUGACCCACCUUCCUGUUAAAGGCCUGGAGCUGCCCAAGCUCACACAACUGGAGCUGAGCAGGAACAAGUUGCGGUUGAUUGAGGGACUCACCUUCCAAGGUUUGAGCAGUUUAGAAGUUCUCAAGCUUCAGAGAAACAACAUCAGCGAGUUGACGGAUGGGGCGUUCUGGGGUCUGGCCCGGAUGAGGGUUCUGCACCUGGACUAUAACAGUCUGCAGGAGGUGAACAGCGGCUCUCUGUACGGUCUGGAGUCGCUCCAGCAGCUCUAUCUCUCCAACAACUCCAUCUCUAACUUUAACCCUGAGGGCUGGGGCUUCUGUGAGAGGCUCCGAGAACUGAAUUUGUCCUAUAAUAACCUGACGAAGAUGUCCGAGGGUGGAUUUGCCAAACUGGUGAACCUGAUCUCGCUGCGUUUGGGACACAAUUCCAUCAGUCACAUCACGGAGGGAGCGUUUAGAGGCCUUAGUUCCCUACGAACACUGGAGUUAGACCACAAUGACAUCUCCGGCACUAUAGAGGACACCAAUGGGGCCUUCACUGGCCUGGAAAACCUCCACAAGCUAACUCUGUUUGGAAACAAGAUCAAGUCGGUGGCCAAGAAAGCCUUCUCGGGCCUGGAGGCUCUAGAGCACCUGAACUUGGGGGAAAAUGCCAUCCGCUCCAUCCAACCCGAGGCAUUUAGUAAGAUGAAGAACCUGCGUAACCUUCAUAUUCAGAGUGAUAGUUUUCUGUGCGACUGCCAGCUGCAGUGGUUUCCCGAGUGGCUGGUAACACGAGGGCUGAAGCCUGGCGUUCAGGCCACAUGUGCCCACCCAGAGAGCCUAAAGGGCACCAGCAUCUACCAGGCCCCAUCAAAGAGCUUUGUUUGUGAUGACCUUCCCAAACCCCAGAUCACUGUGCACCCUGUCACCACGGCAGGAGUAUUGGGCAAAGAUGUGCAUCUGACCUGUACGGCCGCCAGCAGCAGCAGCUCGCCCAUGACCUUCACGUGGCUCAAGGACCAGGAGACACUACGUCAAGCCAACGUGGAGAAUUUCGCACACGUACGGGCCAGUGACGGAGGUGUGAUGGAGUACACCACUAUCCUCCACCUCCGGCACGUCACCUUCAACCAUGAGGGCCGCUACCAGUGCAUCAUCAGCAAUCACUUUGGCUCAUCCUACUCUAACAAGGCCCGCGUCACCGUGAACGUGCUGCCUUCAUUUGUCAAGACCCCACGCGACAUCACGAUCCGCACGGGCACGAAGGCGCGGUUGGAGUGUGCGGCUGAAGGACAUCCGACUCCCCAAGUGGCGUGGCAGAAAGAUGGCGGUACAGACUUCCCUGCCGCCCGAGAGCGCCGCAUGCGUGUGAUGCCUGAUGACGAUGUCUUCUUCAUCAUGGACGUGAAGCCUGAGGAUAUGGGCGUGUACAGCUGCACGGCCAAAAACACUGCGGGCAUGAUCUCUGCAAACGUCACUCUAACAGUGCUAGAAACCCCUCAUCUGGCACAGGAAAUGGAGGAUCGAAAUGUGGUGGUGGGUGAGACCGUUGCGUUGCAGUGCAAGGCUUUAGGCAGCCCACCUCCUCGCAUCACCUGGCUAAAGGGGGAGGAGCCUCUCAGACCCAGCGACCAUCACUACUUCACUCCAGGGAAUCAGCUCUUGGUGAUAGGCAGCACCACCUUAGAAGACGCUGGACGAUACACCUGUGUCAUGUCCAACACGCUCGGCACAGAGCGCGCUCACUGCCAGCUGAAUGUUUACCAGCGAUUUGAGGAUUGUGCGCCUUUUUCAAGCCCCAGCACUGUUACUGUGGGAAUCAUCGUCAUCGCCGUGGUCACCAGUAUUGUGGUGACAUCACUUGUUUGGGUGUGUAUUAUCUACCAGACGAGGAAGAAGAGCGAGGAGUGCAGUGUAAACACAGACGAGACAAUUGUCCCUCCUGAUGUCCCCAGUUACCUGUCCUCUCAGGGCACUUUAUCAGAGAGACAGGAUGCAUGUAUACGAGUGGAGUCCAAUGGUGGAUCUCAAGCCAACGGAUGCAUAGAAAACAAUGGAUACGAUGGGCCAGUCGUGUGCACAGACUUCUUGGAAAACUGUAUCAGCUACUCCAAACACUGUAACUACCUCCCUCAUGGGAUAGCGCCCCCUUUAGGCCUGGAGUAUCAGCAGACACGCCAAACAUCGACUUUCACCAGCCACAACAAUGAACCACACUGCAACGGCACACCCAACGGGGUCAGGAAAGACAACCAAACUCCCAUCUUCCCCACCAACCAUGACAGGGUGACAAUAUCCCCCUCAUCGCACCAGCACAACGACCGAAAUGGAUUGUUGGUGAAUAGGUCAGACACACCUCCCACACUUGAAGAGAGCUACCAUCGGCCAGUAAAGCUCCUGUCUGGGGACUGUGACAUUGAGUCCAAGUUUAAACAGACUCUAUUACGCAACGGACACGCACAUACGCCCGAUGCCACCUCAAGAGAGAGCGAACCCUUCAGACGGGCCAGUGACUAAUGCCUCACCAACCCCCUUCUUUAUCCUUUUGCACUGAGAAUGGCUACCUCACAUUGAGGGGCACAGACAAAGCUGCCCCCAUCUAUCUAAAUGCAGAAUAGGGGCGUCCGGAGUUUGAAGGCGAAGCUUGAGUGGGGCGUUGGCGUCCCAUGCGAGCGUUAAUGAUGUAUAUAGAUAUAAUCCUCCUCAGGGAGUCUUUGUUCACACUUAAGAAAUGUGACUUGCAUUUGACGCAUGCAAAAUGUAUGACAGAGUGCUAUAACAUUGGGCUUUGAGCUGUACAUAAGAGUUUUCAUAUAUAAAUAUAUGAAUGUAUGUGUUCUAUAACUUUUACAAAAUAGUGUUUAACUCUAUUCAGUGCAUGGUGAGAUCAGAGUGGUUUUAUUUUAUUGGUAUUUUUUUGCUUUAAAAAAAAAAGAAUCACCAGAUCUCUCUUGUUUUUCCCAGUUUUAUGAGCAGUGCCUUAUUGCAAGAUCAAUGGAUAAGUCAAUUAUUAUUAUUUUUUUCUCUCACAAAUGGGAAUUUUGUCAUGCACUUGAAGUUUAGACAACCCGAUCAUAAUAGAUCACCUUAAAGGAAUAUUCCAGGUUAAAUACAAGUUAAAGGGUUCUGGAAAUAUCAGGGAAAUUGCUUUUUAUGUUUACAUUUAUAUAGUUAAUAUACUAUACCAUUGAAAAGUUUGGGGUCAGUAAGAAUUUAUUUAUAAGAAAUUAAUACUUUUAUUUAGCAAGGAUGCAUUACAUUUAUCAAAAGUGACAGCAAAGGCAUUUAUAAUGUUACAAAUUAAUUAAAUUCAAAUUUCAAAUAUAUUCUGUUCUAUUGAACUAUUAAGAUUUUUACUGUAUUUCGGAUCCAAUAAAAGCAGCCUUGGUGAGUAUGAGAAUUAAAAAAAAAAAAAAAAAAAAUCAACCCCAAACUUUAGAACAGCAUUUAUUAUAACCGUAUGUUUUGUGAAUUUAUAUAAGUGUGUAAUUGGCUAAGUUUUCUGUUUUCGUAGUAAAUGCUAUCUCUAUAAAUUAAGGAAUUAUGACUGGAAAAAUAAUGGAAAUUCACUGGUAAAAAGGUGCGGCAACUCUAAAGUUAAGUUCUUCCCACAGCUUGCUGUCAAUUUACUACAAAAAAAAAAAAUAUAUAUAUAAUCAUAAUUUGUACUUCAGUUUGUAAAAACAAAAAAACAAAAAUGUGUGUACAGAAAGCCAUUCACAGCAGACAGCAACAGCAAACCAUUGUAUUUGCGAUCACUAACUGGUGUUUAACCUGGAAUAUUUCUUUGCCAGAAUACAUGUUCUGGUCUGUGAUGAAGCAAGAGCUCUGCAUCCAUUAUGGU